GGUGGGAAUGUGGGGGAGUACUUGAGGAAAACUCCGAAUGCUGACCGUCGUCGAUUGGUUCUCGGUGCGGCUAGAGGCCUGCAAUAUCUUCAUCUCAAGGAUGUGAUUCAUGGUGACAUUAAGCCGGAAAAUAUCGUCGUCAGUGCAGAAGGAAUCGCCAUGCUCUGUGAUUUUGGGUUGUCAUGCACCCUUCUCGAUUCCUCCACGUACGCGGAUGGGUCAAGCACUGCUGGUACUACAAGAUAUACGGCCCCAGAGGUACUUAGUUACGAAGUGCAACACCGCGAUCGCAAAAGCGAUAUGUGGGCUUUUGGCUGUACAUCUGGACAGAUACUUUUUGAUUUAAGACCGUAUCAUGCGUCAGAGACCAACUUUGCGGUUCUGCGCGCGAUAUCGGAUGGACGUGCCCCAUUCGAAUGGGAUGGUCCUGAUGAAUUUCUUGCCAGUAUUAGUUGUUGCCUCGAACGGAAUCCCAACGAACGUCUGACCAUUGAAGAAUUAGUCCUACGUUUAGAUCAUUGAUGUAGGUACCGCCGUCAAAUGACACGUUCAUCGGGGAAAUCAUGGACCUGAAAAGGGUUCUAGCACGCAAACUUUGUGCCCUGCCUGAAGAAUUUUAGACAUGACGACUGCAUUUUUCCUUUUUCACGCAGGGAAGUCCCUUCCCUACGGGAGUGCAUAGUGCUAUAUCUUCACCACAUAAAGAAUCACCAACUUUUUCCCCGAUCGCGUAGAGUACAUACAUCCACUAUCAUCUAGCACAUCAAAAUGUUGCCUUCCUCCAUGUUGAUUUCCGAUCAAAGGGCUUGUAUUGUACUAAGUAGAUAUGCGUAGCCUCACCCCGCUCAAAGUGAUCGUGGUGUGUAUGGUCGUAAUGGAGGAAAGAUGGGGGCGAG